CAGCAACACAGGUUGCCAUGGACGCUAUGUGACGUGUCUAAUAGACCGGAAGUCGUAAGCUUAUACAGCGGGAGGCUGUAAUAGGAUGAAAUAAGCGUCCCGGAAGGAGAGUACCGUGGUAGCGGCUCAGGAGCUACCUUCAACGCCAAAGGGCUGAACACGCCUGAGAAGCGCUCUCAAGUACUCCACCACUUCCACAAACAGAAGGUACACCUAAUCUGUUUCCAGGAAACCCACUUCAAGGAAUAUCAGACACGGGAUAACAUCUACCUCUCUGUCUGCUGCCACCUCCACAUUGCAAGUAGCAGCCUCUCAAGUACAGCCACUUCCCAUGGAAGACUGAGGACACAUUGCCAUCUCAAGAAGAUCUGGAGGGCUGUCAAAAUAAAAAAAUAAAGAUUUGGAAAAAAAAAAAAAAAAUCUGGAGGUCACACAUGGCAAUGUGGUACCUUAAGAAAACAUUGAGGCUGUUUCAGCCCAGACCGAGGACCAAUAUAUAGAAGAGAGAGACAGCUAUCCAGAAGAAGACCAUGAGGAAAAGCAAAGAAGACAAGAUGGAGAAGUUGAGGAAAUUGAUGACAUCCUGGAUAGUCAGACACAGAGAAUCCUACAGACAUAAUGGACAGUGGAUACAAGAAAGAAGAUGAUGGCUGAAGGGUUGUACCAACGUCAUUAGACAACCCAAUACUGAAGGGCUUUGCCUCCUAUCUGGACACUUUGAAGGUUAAUAACUAUAAACAGGAGGUUGAAAAUGUUGCAAGAUUCCUUUUUUUACAUGAACCCAAAGACUGUAAACCUGCAAUUUGUAAAGGAUGUGGAAAAGGCCAACUCCUUCUUUACCAAGCUAAGUGAUUUGAAUCUAGCAAACCAGACCAUCUUCAACUACCUGAAACAUGUCCGGAGGUUCAUGACCUAUAUAUCGGCUUAGAUCCACUAACCUCUUUACAAAAUAUCCAACUUUGUAUAAGUACUGCGAUUUCUUUCAAAAAGUUACCGAAGACAUACAAAAGAGGUUCUCAAAGGAGAUUUCUAGAGAGGUUGUCAGCAAAUGAUUUAGGUACCAGGCAUUGACAACCUCUUCGAAGACACCCCAAGAAUGUAGCAGGCUUCUAGAUGUGGCAAAACCAUCAUUCAUACAGUGUUUAAAGGAUUUACGAGGUGGAAACACUGAUCGAGCAGCAUAUCUAGAGACCAUUUAUUAUUUGGAGGCCCUGCUUGCAUUGAAGCCUCUACAACAACCAGGGGUUUCUGAGUGGAAAGAACGAAUCUCCCACAGAUAUAAUGGGGAGAAACUUUCUAUAAUUGGUGUUAAGCUACAUAAUACAGCUUCACAACAAGUGGCUACUUUUGUGUUAAACAAGGAGGAAGAAAUGAAAUUUGGAAUAGUCUCCUUCAUCCUGGCUUCCCCGAUGAUCAUCAUCUUCUGGAUCCAAAGGAUGACGACAGCCAAGAAGACUAGGACAUCACUUCCUAGGACACAAUUAGUGACCAGGAUGAUACUGGCUGGGCUUCAAGCAAUGUCAACAAGGUCACAGAAGCAGAGGCAGACACCACCAGCAAGCUCUAGCAGGACUGAAGAUUGCCGGAGAAAGGCUUUGAAGAAAAUGAGUCCAGCCAUGGAAGUGCAUAGCAGCGAUGAUGAGAUCAAGACAACACUGACAGGCCAAAAUAAAGAUGGUCAAUGAUGUAUCAAGAAAAAAUGGCCAGAAGGAAAACCAAACUCAAUUGGGCUGAAAGUAUUGCAUGAGAAUGCAAGGAAAGCUGUCAGUUCACCUCCACAGGGUGUGCAUGAAAACAGCAACUGAAGCUGAAAUGACCCAAGAGGUGGAGGAAGCAAAGAAGAGAAUGCGUGAAGUUGUGGAGUCUUUGAGUAUUGUCUAUGACACUGUUAAUGACAAGAAGAGUGGAUUUUCCAGUGCACAUGAGUUCCUUGUAGAUAGUAAUUUGUAGUAAGUAAUAUAUACUUUAGUAUCUAUCAAAUGUUAAUGCUGAUUUCAUGUACAUCCUUAGGCAACCUUCUGAUGACGUUACUGAACAGGAUCAGAGUAGCUCUGUAAUCCUAAGAAAAUUGACUGAGGCUGGUGUCCACAAGAAGCCUGAUGUGAAUUCCCAAAUGUUUCUAAGCUUCAGAGAAUACCUGGCAAUUCACUUCUCAGAGUUGAGUGUAAGGCAAAUGGUAGAAAAUGUUUCCCGCUACUUAUAUUUUGUGAGCCCGGAUAAGAUCUUUUUGGCAUUUCUCAAUGACCCAGAGAAAACCAGUCUAUUUGCAAGCACCCUCUUGCGUUUGAAGACGGCUAUACCUACCAUCAAAAAUUACCUUAAUUAUAUCCAGCAGUUUACUAGAUUUGUGAUUUCGGAAAACUUCCAUGAAACCAUCGGGGAGGACACCAAAGAGUCUGCCCGGGCCUUCCUUGCAGAACUGAAGAAAAUAAAUGAAGAGAUUAACCAGAACUUCACCAAAAAGCCACAAAAAAUCGACAGACAUGUAAACCCUAUGGAUUGCCGCAGAGUAGUAGCAGCAGCAAAGCCCCUUGUGGUAAACAUGUUCUCUCGGUCAGUCAGAGAUUGUGGACUAGAUGACAAAGACAAGACUAUCACAUGCUACUACCUUGAAGCUUUGCUGAUGCUCAAUCAUCUUCGCAAACCAUCUGUAGUCCAAACCUGAUGGUUAAAG